UUGGGUGUCCGUCCAGUCGAGCCGCUUGCCUAGUCAUGACCCCAGUAUUCGGUCGAGGCAGGAGGGGACUUUGCAGUCUAAAGUCUUGGUCGUACCUCCUGCCCUGAUCAUGGGCAUGCCCUCAUGUUUCGUCAUUUGCAUCCGCUGUCGACCGAACGGCAACCUAGGGAUCGGUUGUUGCAACUCGAACUUUGGAACAAUCUAAUUGAUUCAGCGAGCUCAAGUAUGUUCCCUGAUUUGCAGCAAGUUGACCAUUCGAGCCAGAAACGUACUCAAACCCAAGUAGUACACACCUCGCUAUGCCUCUCCCACCGUUCAAGCUGCCCACAGCGGAAAGUUCAACAUCCGCCCUCGCUCGGCCGAGCAAGAACAAGAAGAACAUAGGUGGGAACGUCUCCCAGUCGUCCAUCUUUGAUCUCAAGGGACUUGUAUCGGAACAUCAGAGCACGUUUCAGAAAGAAGGGAGGGAAGCUGUCAAGGGGGAAGCUGGAGCGAGACGGGGCAGGAUUGGGGAGCUCUCGAAAGACCGGUUCUCCCGCCCGUCACCCAAUCUCGGAAAACGUUUGGCUCAACAAGCAGAGAACGAUGCGAAACGCGCUCGGAUCUACGAUGAUCAGGAGCGGAUCACGGAGCAUGAGAGGCAGGAGAUCAUGAGGCUCAAAGCUGAGCGGUAUGAGAAGUUGAGGCGGGGAGAAGAGGCUCCAUCUAAGGAGAGUGCGAUCGAUUUUGAUCGGAAACAAGAGGAAGAAGAAGGAUACGGUCAUUGGUCUGAUCACGCUUCAGAUGUGGAUGAGAGCGCUUUGGUACCGGACCAUCUCAAACAUCUGCCGCCUCAACCGGAAUAUCACGAAAACGACAACGAAGAAGUGGAAUACAUAGACGAGAUGGGAAGGACCCGAAAAGGAACUCGCAGAGAAGCGAGGGAAGCCGAGGCGGCCAAAGCUAGCGGAGGAGCUCGGGGCAACGAGAGGGAGGAGCGCCAAAGAGAAGAUCAGGUCACAGGUGCAGGCGGCGAUGAAAGUGUCGGAGUGGCUCAUGCCGAGGUCUUGCAAUCAAACGUCAUCUAUGGCGAACAAUCGUUCUUCCCAGUCUACGAGCCCACACAAGAAGAAUUGAAAGCUCGAUACAAAGUCGCUGAAGGGGGUCCGAUGGUAGAUCAUUACGACGCCAAGAAAGAAGUCCGGACGAAAGGAGCAGGUUUCUACCAGUUUGCACAGGAUGAGGAAGUCAGGAGACGACAGAUGGAAGAGCUGAAACAGCAGCGGGGCGAGACCGAACAAGCUCGGGCGGGAAGCAACUCGAGAGGAGGAACGGGCGAACCAGCUGCACCCGUACUGAGUGCUGCGCAAGAGGCAAAGAAACGCAAGUUGGACGAACGGAGGGCUCUGAUCGAAGCCAAGCGGCAGAAGAUGCUCGGAGGGAAAGAAGCGGUAGAGCAGAAGAAGAAGGAGAUACAAGAUCGGGCGGUGGAUGCGUUAUUACGCUCGGUCGAACAGGAGAUGGAGGGAGAGAAGACGUAGCAUGCUAGAUGUGUCAUAUACCGAGUCGCUCCCAGGCGGGCGUCUACAUGUCGUCGUUCGUCUGGUCUACAUCUUUGCAAGAUAAGACUGCAAGUCCGUUUACGUUCUCACGACGUCAUAACAUGACCUUGAGCCCAGCCCGCCAAACCCGACGGCUUUGACGGACUCUGAACGGAUCGGUCUCGGGAAGAGGGGGGAGAGAAAAAAUAGCGACGUCGUUCGGGUAACGGGCUACGUUUUGGGUCCGAGCCCGGUGGAAAUGAAUUUUGUGCGGAUAUUUCGGUGACUGUCGUCUUUUAGGUUUGAAUUCGUAUGCUGCGCAGACGAUGGUGUAUGGCACAACAGGUUGG